UUGGAAACUUCAAGUUCAAGAGCAGCGAAAAUCCGUCUUUGACCGUCAUGUUGUCCUCAGCUAAUUGGGAACCAAAUUCAAGGCUAACAAGGAAAUGAUGGACAAUAGGAGCUACUCUAAUCUGCCAGAAAAACUGCCUGUCUUCUCUGACUCUGCCCACCUGCCACUGACCAGGUCCUUCUAUCUGGACCCCAUGGUCACUUUCCACCUGUACCCUGAGGCCCCGGUGCCAUCCCCUUACUCUGAAGACCUGCCAUUGCUGCCUUUUCCCAGUGAUUCCCUGAUCGUGGAAAAUUACGGUGAACCCUGCCCCUUCUCCUUCCCAAUGCCUUAUCCAAAUUACAGAAGGUGCGACUACUCCUACGGGCCAGCCUUUAUCCGGAAAAGAAAUGAGCGGGAAAGGCAGCGGGUGAAAUGUGUCAACGAAGGCUAUGCCCAGCUCCGACAUCAUCUGCCUGAAGAAUACUUGGAAAAGCGACUCAGCAAAGUGGAAACCCUCAGAGCUGCAAUCAAAUACAUUAAUUACCUGCAGUCCCUGCUGUACCCUGAUAAGGCUGAGACCAAGAAUAACCCUGGGAAAGGUCCCUCCCUAAUGGCAACCACCAGCCACCACACUGACCCCAUUUUUAGAAUCAUUUGAUUCAGCGUUUCCAAAUAGAAACAAAUAAUAUCACAAAAUGGGGUCUCUUACAGCAUCACGCAAUAGAUUUUCCUAAAUGUAAUUUCUGUGUAGGCAGUGAAUAGCUUGAAUGCUAACCUAUGUUGGAUGUUUCUUACCUGGGUUUCAGAUGCACUAAACAUGAUCUUAUGUAGAUUGAGAAGAUGCUUCUUAAGGUUUGAUGAUUUCUUUCAAGAACUUUAGGGGAGCAGGAGGCCCCAGGAUUCUCUAUACCUCUCACCUUGCUCUUCUCACACAGUUGGCCAGAGUCUCAGCUGUGAGAAACUCUCACAAAAGUAUUGUAAAGUAUAACUAAUGAUUACUGAAUGCUUGUAAAUGCACUUUGCAGAUGCCUCAUGCUGAGCAACCACAAUGAACUCUGUUGAUCUGACAAAAUUUAGUGGUUUUUAUUAUUUGGGGUUAAUAAGAAAUCUAUACCUUACCCAUGUCAUGAUGGGAAAAUGUCUCAGAGCUGAAGCAAAAGUAGUUAAACCUUUGUUGUCAUUUGAAAUUAUUUCGUUUAUCUUUUUCCUGCACGCAGAAGACUUCCUUGGGCAGCGUAGCAUAGAAGUUAAGAGGGC